GGAAAUAUGAGCUCGAAUAUAAAUUUCAUACCAAAAGACCAGGAAACAAAAACAAAAAUAAAUUUGAGAAACUAUUAUUCCACUAUUUAAAGCACAGAUACAAUGGCACUCAGCACAUCACUAGACAUUGAAUUAGGUAUACAGGGUAUGUCAGAGUUCGUGUUUAUGGGUUUGUGUCGAAAAGUUGGGACUUCACAACUGGUAACAAUGAGGAGAGACACGGCUGAUAUUUCCGAAAAGAUACGAACAUCCGUACUGAGUGAAUUUGGUUUAUUAAAUUCUGGAAGUAUGAGAGAGGGAUUCAGACUAAAAGGAUCAGAUAGAGAUAACAUGGCUUGGUCAAAUGAAUACAAAGUGAUUUGGGAUUUACUUCAGACUCAGUACUACUAUAGACACAAAGUUAUAUUCGCCAACUGCACAGAAAGUCCUCCAGGGUUUGCUUUACUUCAGCUAAUGACAAGAAAUGUACACAGAUUACUUCAAGCAUCUUGUAUUUAUAUGAAUGGUAGACUUUAUAUAUCAAGUUCAAAAUUCAAACAUACAUUUCUUUCUAUUAAUGAAAAUCUUUGGGGUGGGGAUAAUUAUUUUCUGCAUGGACCCUGCUUGAGUGGAGUGCAAAGGGGUAAUGAUGUUGAUAUUGCCUAUUGUUUUGCAAGUAACUUUUGGCCUCCAUCUGCUUCGUUAUGGAUUGAAAGAUGCAACACAUGGCCUCGACCGCAUGUCGUUCAACAAAUAGUUAAGGGUGGAUGUCAUUUUGUAGCCAUAGGACACAAACUAGGAAAACAUGGAGACAACGAAUGGAGAAUUUCGUUUUCUUUGGCAGAACAAAGACUUGUAUAUGAAAUGAACCAUAGUCAAUUUCUUGUUUACGGGUUGCUUAAAAUUUUAACAAAGGAACUGUUUCACGAAAUGUUUGGGGACGAUGGUAAAUUGCUUUGUUCAUACCACAUGAAAACAGCUGUUUUCUGGGUUAUUCAACAAAACACAAUACCUUAUUGGUGUACACAGAAUCUCCUGCAGUGCUUUUGGGUCUGCUUUAAACUCGUUCUAAAAUGGGUGUACGAGGGAGUAUGUCCUAACUUUUUUAUACCAGAAAACAACAUGUUUCUCCAUAAUAUAUAUGGUGAAGUACAAAAGAAUUUAUUCAAUAAUCUAUAUGCAUUAUAUCAAAAGGGAAUUGCAUUUCUACUGCUUAGCCCGUCUAUCAACCCUUUCAUUAGAUUUGCUCUCUAUAAUCCAAGACUUCGAAUUUGUACAGAUGAGAGCAUUGUGAUCUCAGAGGCUGAGUUUGAUCUACAACUCUUCAAUUCAAUGAAUGACUAUAAGGAAUACAAUGCAGACCUACUUUUCUGUGUAAAAUACUUAAAUGCAGUGGAACAGUUGAUAGGAUCACGCAUGACAAAAUAUCAAGUUGUAAUAUUACAGAGAUUAACCGCAGACAUACUUCAAAUGAUUCCAUAUAUCCUACAUAACAUGUACAUCAACAAAGGUUUAAAUAAGUUGAUUUAUAUUGCCGACAAAAUUUCGUGCUACAUGGUAAAACUGGCAGCCAAAUUUGGAUUUAUUUCUGACAUGCUGUUUAUUGCCAUGUAUUAUUACAAGACCUCGCGAUACAAGAAAGUACUUUCUGUAAUAGAAAAGAUAAAGGUCAAAUUAGCACGACCAUAUCUAUUACAUAUACGUUCUAAUGAAUUUGACACCGAAAGCUAUAUUGCGGCCGUAGGAGGGGAAUCCUGGUCUAUAAAGAUGAGAGAGGCUGUAGUAGUACAAGUGACGCUACACACUGAAAUCCCUAAUAUCAAUGAAUUUAUACCAGAAAUUCAAUCAAUUCAACAAAAUGGCGGGUGUGGGUUAAAUGUUGGAGCCUCUAUACUUUUACAUAUGUUGGAGGUCUUCUGCUAUUUACAUACUGACAGAACAAGAGCGCAAACAGCUCUAAAGGAUCUUUAUAACCACGUCCACUACGGUCACAAGGAUAUUCCGAUAGGAUCUAAUGACAUAUCCUUGCAAAUUCUGGGAAUCUGUCAACAGGUCACGGGGAACCACCGGGCUGCCCUGUAUUCAUACCUGCAAUCGCUCAGACAAGAACCUCUCCGUAAAAUACAUACUGCCACACUGAUGAGAAUACGAAACUUAUAUUCAGAAUGUUGA